AUGUCUACAGAUCUACAGUUACGCCAAGAUCUUCCUGCAAUUCGACUAACCUCUUUGAAAAUCAAGCUACCGGAAUCUCUUCCACAACUGGAUUCAACAUCUGAGGAAUCAUGCACCAUUCAAUUGGAGGAACAACAACUUGAGGAGUGCCGAACGCCGACAUCGCCGGAACACAGGAUUCCUCAAAUCAUCACCUGCCCUCCGCCGCCUAAAAAACAGAGGAUUUCUGGUCCUUCUUGUAAGAGAAGGAUAUCUGAGUUUCAGUUCUUCGAGAUCGUCGCCAGAGACGAAGUUGAAUCGUUCUUCAGGUCAAGCUAUGAAUUCAUCAAUCAAAAUUCGAACACGAACAAGAGAAGGCGUAGUCCUCUGUAA